UGGAGGAGUUGUUCUAGGGAGCCCUGCGUUCCUCAGGGACACAGGGCCCAGCUUUGCAGUAGGAAGUUUCUGGUUCUGAACAUCGGGGAAAAGAGUGAUUUUCUUCCUAAAAUUUGGACUGCUGUCUGCACAAAUUCUGGUCUGCUUUGCACGAUUUGUGUGCCUUUUUUUCCCUUUAUGCAAUCUUUUUCAGCUUUAGCAGCAGAAAUUUGUCUAGUUUGGAAAACAUGCCAGAGGGUGGCUUCAGAAGGAAGAUGAUCCUGUAUGGUCUGUCACUGCAUCUGAACUUUUGAGUAGAAAUAGAAAAUACCAGCUAGAGGGAUUCUUAAAGCCUUAAGUUACUUGAAAUCUAUGUAUUUGCAACCCUUUGUCUCUGGAAUCACAUUACACAAAACUGGAAUCUCAGGCUGAACGAGAAUAACCAAGUUGAGUAAAAAAGAAGAAAACUCUUUUGUUUCUUGAUCACCACUUAUUAACAAUGCUCUUUCUCCAAAGGAUCAGUGUGUUCUUCCUCUAAGGACUUAAAAAUAAAAAUGGACCCCAUGUUUUUUUAGGCAUAACCUUUUCUUAGCAGACUGCCUGCCAUCAUCUUUUAUAGAGGAAUUUUUUCACUAUGCAUUUGGUGGAUCUUUAUAACAUACUGACCUUCUAAUUAGCUCCAGGUCAGUCUUAAAGGGGGAAAAAAGCAACACAAACCAAUCAUAAAAAUAAAAUAAAUAAACCAAUGAAAGAAUUUGGUUUAAAAUUUCCACCAUUAAGUAAGCAUUACUUUUUAAGUAAAACAAUUCAUUGAAAAAAGUAUGUAUGCAGCGGUGGAACAUGGACCUGUGCUUUGCAGUGACUCCAACAUCCUCUGUUUAUCCUGGAAGGGGCGUGUCCCCAAGAGUGAGAAGGAGAAGCCCGUGUGCAGGAGGCGCUACUAUGAGGAAGGCUGGCUGGCCACUGGCAAUGGGCGAGGUGUGGUGGGCGUGACUUUCACCUCCAGCCACUGCCGCAGGGACAGGAGUACUCCACAGAGGAUAAACUUCAACUUGCGGGGCCACAAUAGUGAGGUUGUGUUGGUGAGGUGGAAUGAGCCGUACCAGAAGCUGGCCACGUGCGACGCAGACGGGGGAAUAUUCGUGUGGAUUCAGUACGAAGGCAGGUGGUCUGUGGAACUGGUCAACGACCGCGGGGCUCAGGUGAGUGAUUUCACGUGGAGCCACGAUGGGACUCAAGCACUUAUUUCCUAUCGAGAUGGGUUUGUCCUGGUUGGUUCUGUCAGUGGACAAAGACACUGGUCAUCUGAGAUCAACCUGGAAAGUCAAAUCACAUGUGGCAUAUGGACUCCUGAUGACCAACAGGUGCUGUUUGGCACGGCCGACGGGCAGGUAAUUGUCAUGGACUGCCAUGGCAGGAUGCUGGCCCACGUCCUCCUGCAUGAGUCUGACGGCAUCCUCAGCAUGUCCUGGAACUACCCCAUCUUCCUGGUGGAAGACAGCAGCGAGAGUGAUACCGACUCAGACGACUACUCCCCUCCCCAAGAUGGUCCUGCAGCGUACCCCAUCCCAGUGCAGAACAUCAAGCCUCUGCUCACCGUCAGCUUCACCUCGGGAGACAUCAGCUUAAUGAACAACUACGAUGACUUGUCUCCCACUGUCAUCCGCUCAGGGCUGAAAGAGGUGGUAGCUCAGUGGUGCACACAGGGAGACUUGCUGGCAGUUGCUGGGAUGGAGCGGCAGACCCAACUCAGCGAGCUCCCCAAUGGUCCCCUUCUGAAGAGUGCCAUGGUCAAGUUCUACAAUGUUCGAGGGGAGCACAUCUUCACACUGGACACGCUUGUUCAGCGCCCCAUCAUCUCCAUCUGCUGGGGCCACAGGGACUCGCGGCUGCUGAUGGCCUCAGGACCCGCCCUGUACGUGGUUCGAGUGGAACACCGGGUGUCCAGCCUACAGCUACUGUGCCAGCAGGCCAUUGCCAGUACCCUGCGAGAAGACAAGGAUGUCAGCAAGCUGACCCUGCCCCCCCGCCUCUGCUCCUACCUCUCCACUGCCUUCAUCCCCACCAUCAAGCCCCCAAUUCCAGACCCCAACAACAUGCGAGACUUUGUCAGCUACCCCUCAGCAGGCAAUGAGCGGCUGCACUGCACCAUGAAGCGCACAGAGGAUGACCCGGAGGUGGGCGGCCCGUGCUACACCCUCUAUCUGGAGUACCUGGGCGGGCUCGUGCCCAUCCUGAAGGGGCGGCGUAUCAGCAAGCUACGGCCAGAGUUUGUCAUCAUGGACCCGCGGACAGACAGCAAGACAGAUGAGAUCUAUGGAAACAGCUUGAUUUCUACUGUGAUUGACAGCUGCAAUUGCUCGGACUCCAGUGACAUUGAGCUGAGUGACGACUGGGCUGCCAAGAAAUCUCCCAAAAUUUCCAGAGCUAGCAAGUCACCCAAACUCCCAAGGAUCAGCAUUGAGGCCCGGAAGUCUCCCAAGCUGCCCCGGGCUGCUCAGGAGAUCUCCCGAUCUCCAAGGUUGCCUAUGCGAAAGCCUUCCAUCGGCUCACCCAGCCUGACUCGGAGAGAGUUUCCUUUUGAAGACAUCACUCAGCACAAUUAUCUUGCUCAGGUCACGUCCAAUAUCUGGGGAACCAAAUUUAAGAUUGUGGGUUUGGCUGCUUUCCUGCCAACCAACCUCGGUGCAGUGAUCUAUAAAACCAGCCUGCUGCAUCUCCAGCCACGGCAGAUGACUAUCUAUCUCCCAGAAGUUCGGAAGAUUUCCAUGGACUAUAUUAACUUACCUGUCUUCAACCCAAAUGUUUUCAGUGAAGAUGAAGAUGAUUUACCAGUGACAGGAGCAUCUGGUGUCCCUGAGAACAACCCACCUUGUACCGUGAAUAUCCCUAUUGCACCAAUUCACAGCUCAGCUCAAGCUAUGUCUCCCACACAGAGCAUUGGCCUGGUACAGUCUCUGCUGGCCAAUCAGAAUGUGCAGCUGGACAUCCUGACCAAUCAAACUACAGUGGUGGGGGCAGCAGAACAUGCAGUUGACAGUGCCACCCAAUACCCAGUCUCCAACCGGUACUCCAACCCUGGUCAGGUGAUUUUUGGAGGUGUGGAAAUGGGCCGCAUCAUUCAGAACCCUCCUCAGUUGCCCUUACCGCCACCGCCGCCGCCACCACAGGGGGCCAUGCAGCUGUCUGUGGUGGACCACGGAGACCGAGACCAUGAACACCUACAGAAGUCCACCAAGGCCCUGCGGCCGGUGCCUCAGCUGGCAGCAGAGGGGGAUACAGUGGUCUUCAGUGCCCCCCAGGAGAUCCAGGUGACGAAGAUGAAUCCCCCACCCCCCUACCCAGGAACCAUCCCUGCUGCCCCCACCACAGCGGCACCCCCACCCCCUCUGCCACCUCCACAGGCCCCGGUGGAUGUGUGCUUGAAGAAAGGGGACUUCUCUCUCUACCCUACAUCAGUACAUUACCAGCCCCCACUGGGCUACGAGAGGAUCACUACCUUCGACAGCAGCGGCAACGUGGAGGAGGUGUGCCGGCCUCGCACGCGGAUGCUCUGCUCCCAGAACACCUACACCCUCCCCGGCCCAGGCAGCUCAGCUACCUUGAGGCUCACCGCCACUGAGAAGAAGGUCUCCCAGCCCUGCACCAGUGCCACCCUAAACCGCCUGACAGUCCCUCGCUACUCCAUACCCACAGGGGACCCACCCCCAUAUCCCGAAAUUGCUAGCCAGCUGGCCCAGGGGCGGAGUGCUGCCCAGAGACUGGAUAACAGCCUCAUCCAUGCCACCCUGCGGAGGAACAACCGUGAGGUUGCACUCAAGAUGGCCCAGCUGGCUGAUAGCUCCCGAGCCCCACUGCAGCCCCUGGCCAAGCCCAAGGGUGGCCCUGGGGGAGCAGUGGCACAACUCCCUGCGCGGCCCCCGCCAGCCUUGUACACCUGUAGCCAGUGCAGUGGCGCGGGGCCCAGCGCACAGUCAGGCACCAUUCUGGCCCAUGCUGUCAGCACCUCCCCGUUGGCCUCCCAGUCCUCUUACAGCCUCCUCAGCCCGCCCGACAGUGCCCGCGACCGCACUGACUACGUGAACUCAGCCUUCACAGAGGACGAGGCCCUGUCCCAGCACUGUCAGCUUGAGAAGGCCCCUAGGCACCCCCCGCUGCCCGAAGCUGCUGUCACUGUGAAGCGGCCUCCCCCUUAUCAGUGGGACCCUGUGCUGGGUGAGGAUGUUUGGGUCCCCCAGGAAAGGACAGCACAGACUUCGGUGCCCAACCCCUUAAAACUGCCCCCUCUAAUGUUAGGGCAGAGCCAGCACCUGGAUGUGACCCGAGUACCCUUUGUCUCCCCCAAGUCUCCUGCCAGCCCUACUGCCACUUUCCAGACAGGCUAUGGAAUGGGAGUUCCAUAUCCAGGAAGCUAUAACACCCCUUUGCCUGGAGUGCAGGCUCCCUGCUCCCCCAAAGAUGCCCUGUCCCCAACACAGUUUGCACCACAGGAGUCUGCCGUUGUCCUGCAGCCAGCGCACCCGCCCAGCCUCUCGUACUGCACCUUGCCCCCCAUGUACCCAGGAAGCAGCACGUGCUCCAGUUUACAGCUGCCACCUAUCGCCUUGCACCCAUGGAGUUCCUAUAGCACCUGCCCCCCCGUGCAGAACCCCCAGGCCACUCUUCCCCCCAAGCCCCACGUGGUGGUGGAGAAGCCCCUCGUGUCCCCACCACCACCUGACCUCCAAAGCCACAUGGGUACAGAGGUGAUGGUAGAGACCGCAGACAACUUCCAAGAAGUCCUCUCCCUGACUGAAAGCCCUGUUCCCCAGCGGACUGAAAAAUUUGGAAAGAAGAACCGGAAGCGACUGGACAGCCGAGCAGAGGAAGGAAGUGUUCAGGCCAUCACUGAGGGUAAAGUGAAGAAGGAGGCUAGGACUCUGAGUGACUUUAACUCACUCAUCUCCAGCCCUCGCCUAGGGAGAGAAAAAAAGAAAGUGAAGAGUCAGAAAGACCAGCUGAAGUCAAAGAAGUUGAACAAAACCAACGAGUUCCAGGACAGCUCAGAGAGUGAGCCCGAGCUGUUCAUCAGCGGGGACGAGCUGAUGAACCAAAGCCAGGGCAGCAAGAAGGGGUGGAAAAGCAAGAGGAGUCUGCGCACAGCCAGUGAGCUGGAGGAGUUCAAGUGCCGCAAAGCCAGUGAGAAGGAGGAUGGGCGUCUGGGCAGCCAGGGAUUUGUGUACGUGAUGGCCAACAAGCAACCUCUGUGGAACGAGGCUACACAGGUGUACCAGCUGGACUUUGGAGGGCGGGUGACCCAGGAGUCGGCCAAGAACUUCCAGAUCGAGUUGGAGGGGCGGCAGGUGAUGCAGUUUGGACGGAUUGACGGCAAUGCAUACAUUCUGGACUUCCAGUACCCCUUCUCAGCUGUGCAGGCCUUUGCAGUGGCUCUGGCCAAUGUGACUCAGCGCCUCAAAUGAAGAGAUUGGUGUGGAGAGAAGACGCCGAGGAGCCCUGGGAGGAGGAGCCUGCACUGCUGGUGCCAGAAAGACCGGAGAUGUCAGCCGGGCAGGAAGAGCCCUCAGGCCAGAGGGGCGCUAACCCUCAGGCGUUGCGCAUAUUUGGCUGUCCUUUACUGUCUUUCUUUUCUUUCAGUCGUGUGACUUUUGGAAGCAAAGAGUGCAAGGGGCCUGGUGUUCUUUCAGGAGGGACAGCCUGGCUGUUGAAUGUUCUCCUGGAUCUGCUUCUCAGUGCCUGGGAUAAGGGCCUAGGAGAGAAGACAGACCACCUGCUAGCCUGCCUUUCUUUCAGACAUAGGGAAUAUGCGUUAGGUUCAUUCUCCACAACUUCUGGCCUUUACUCCUCCAACAUUACCACUAGUGCAAAACAAAAACUUUUUUAAAGAUCACAACCAAAAAUCCUGCAGAUUCAGGUUCUCCUGGGGGAAUGGGGACAGCUUUUAAUUUAUUUGUAUUGUGCCACUCCCUAAAAGGUGACUUGAGGAAUAAAGGCAUUUGGGCAAAUGAACUCUGUUGACUAAUGAAAGCAUGCUCUGUAUGGGGGUGCUGUCACUGCUUAACUGCAGUUUGGUCAUGAGUGAUAUCAGGGAAAGCAUGAUGGGUGAGGAAGAAACUGCAUGUUGGACAGGCUCACAAUGCUUUGCAGACACCUGAGUGACUCAGGAGUGUGACCUGUGCAAGGGCUGAGCUCCUCUUCCAAGGAUGUUUACGUUGGGAGACUCCACUAGUCUCAUCCUGUGUCAGAGUUCCAUGGGACCAAUGAUGAUCAUCAUUGAGGUUGACUUCAGGAGAAGGUAGGAGACAGCAGGGGAAAGAUCCUGGCCCCGGGGUAGGGCAAGGAGUUUUCCAAGACAGUGUGGUGGUCAGUCACUAGAUUCACUUCCUGAGAAACAGCCAUUGUUCUCCCUCUGCCUUUUGUUUUUGAACCUGGAACCCAUUACUGUAAACAUGAUUUUUCCCUUCCAAUAUUAUUGCUCUGUCCUUUCUCUUCCUAAAACUGUGGACUAGACUUGAGUUGAAACCACUCCUUUCUUCCUCUUGGCUAUGUUAAAAUUCAAUUAACUAGAAAUGUUUCCAUUGAAAUAGAAAUUAUAAACAC